UGGAAUCCCAGGGUCAGGAAUGUGCAGCAAUCAGAGGGCAGAAUGGCAGUCCACCCAGGGGGCCGAUAUAAAGCAGGAGAACCCGGGAUCCACACCUCCCAGACAAGACCCCAGAGGCGCCCUGCCCAGCAGCCUUCCCGGGGAGCAAGCCCGCGGCUCGAUGAUAGGCCCUCACGCCCUGUCGUGUCUCCUCCUCCUGCCACUGGGUGCCUGCUUUCCUCUGUUGGACAGAGAAGAGCCCAUGGCCACCGUGCGAGGUGUCAGAGGUGGAAUGAGCUGGGCCGACCUGCCCGGGGGACACCGCGUCCCCCUCCCCCGGGGCUCCUCGCGGUGGCCGAGAGCCCCACAACCUCAUGGCCUGCUUGUCAUGGCCAAGGAGCUGCAGACGUCGGGCCAACAGCACGCUGGCUUCAGGUUCCGGUUCGGGAGGCAGGAUGAUGGCAGCGAGGCUACUGGCUUCCUCCCCGCGGAUGGUGAGAAGGCCAGCGGCCCGUUAGGGACCCUGGCCGAGGAGCUCAGCAGUUAUAGCAGAAAAAAAGGUGGCUUCAGCUUCCGCUUCGGCCGGCGGUGAGGGGGCCGGGGUGUCCGUGGACCCUCCCUGCUACCACUCCUGCUCCUGUCUUCUCCUUGAGCCUGAAAGACCAGGAUACGAAGAAG